AUGUCGCAAGCAGGAGCUCGCAUUCUCGCCCACAGAGCGGCACAUCUGCCUACUUCCAUCACACCGGGAGCUAACGCCAUCAAGAGCACUCGCGAGGUUCUCGGUCUGAUCCACGAUCGUAAUGUAGACAUCGUCAUUCCACGCCUUGAGGGCAAGAACGACGUUUGUCGCUGCGAUGUAUAUCGUCCCAAAGACACCGCUGAUGGCAAGAAGUAUCCUGUCCUCAUGACGUCCGGCCCUUACGGUAAAGACAUCGCCUACUCCGAGUUCUACCCCGAGUCCUUCGCCGAGCUACCUGACGAACAAAAAUCGGAGCUGUCCGCAUGGGAGGUCCCGGAGCCGACCUACUGGACCCGUCAAGGCUUUAUUGUCGUUCGAGUCGACGAGCAAGGCACCGGUCAGUCACCCGGUUUCCUCGACACCAUGUCCGAUCAGACCGCAAACAAUUUCUUCCACUCGAUCGAAUGGGCUGCCUCUCAGCCCUGGUCUUCGGGCAAGGUCGGAUUGCUCGGCAUCUCCUACUACGCCGGCAGCCAAUGGCGUGUAGCCGCUCGAAAGCCCAAAGGACUCGCUGCCUGCGUCAUCUGGGAAGGCAUGUCAGACUACUACCGCGAUCGUGUCCGUAAGGGUGGCAUCUACGGCGAUGGCUUCGUCACCAUGUGGCAGAACUACCAAAUCAACUCAAAUCAGUACGGUCGUGCUGCCGCGCCGCCUCCGAAGAAGACGUUUGGUCCCGGCCGCAACGCCAAGGUGCCAAGUAUCGAAGGCGUUCUCACGCCCGAACAGCUCAAAGAGAACCGCACUGAUCAGACGGUCGACAAUGCUGAGAACCUCUACCUCGAUCAGGAAUACUACGCUUCUAGAGAGUUCGAUCUCGCCGACAUCGAGAUUCCGCUGCUGAGCGUCGGCAAUUUGGGUGGCAUCGCACUCCAUCUUCGAGGCAACGUCGCUGGCUACCUUGGUGCAGGCUCCAAGAACAAGUGGCUUUGGCUCAUCACUGGCCGUCACGAUCUGCCAUUCUACCUGCCUGAGCGUGUCGAGCUACAGAAGUCCUUCCUGGACGCCUUCCUUCAUGGCAAAGAUGAUCGCGGCUGGCUGAAGGGUCCCAACGCAGACGCCGGUGUUCCCGCGGUCAAUUACGUCGUCCGCAGGGGCUCACCUAAAUUCAACACGAUCGAGGGCGACCGCUCGUUUCCCGAGAAGAUCGCCACCGCUUGGCCUUUGCCCAACACCACGUACACACCCUUCUUCCUCUCGGCUGACCAUCAGCUCAAGACGGACCAGCAACAAGCUGCCGCAGCUACCAACGGUGUUGCCGGUGUUGAAGGUCAUCAACCCAGCUCGGCCGAUCAGGUGUGCUACAAGGGCUUCGAUGGCGAGAGUGUCAAGUUUGAGCACAAGGUCGCCGAGGGCGAGAUCGAGAUCACCGGCCACCCUCACCUGCGUCUGCUAAUGAGCGUUGAUGCCGACCCACAGACUGGAGCGGUCCCAUCUGAAGCCGACAUCUUUGUCACUCUUCGACACCUCAAUGCCGAGGGCAAAGAGAUCCAGUACACCGGCACUGCAGGUGACCCAUGCCCUAUCGUCAAAGGCUGGCUGCGCGCAUCCGUUCGCAAGGUGGACCAAGGCAAGAGCUCAGAGGUCCUGCCUCACCGCAAUUAUCGCAGCACCGAAGUGGCGCCCGUCGAAGCAGGCAAAAUCUACGCGAUGGAUGUCGAGAUCUGGCCCACCAACGUCGUCAUCCCUGCCGGUCACACUUUGCAGCUCGAAGUCGGACCUCAAGAUCAGCAGGGUGGCGGUGUGUUCACCCACACUCACCCUCAUGACCGAGUCAAGGACAAGCUGACAGGUGUAAACACCAUCCACACGGGUGCAGUCCAGUCCGAGAAGGUCGACACGCUCGGCAUCAGUAGCAAGACGCCCGUUCUCGGUAGUGAAGUGCUAGCCAGCUGUCUCGUUCUUCCUAUUAUUCAGUAA